CGAAGGUCAUUUCUCUUAGUGAUCUGUUGGAAUGAAGAGCAUACUCUACGUUCUGCGACUGGUUACGUUUGUUUGCGUGUUAUGCGCUUGCGAUGUUUCCUGCGAAUAUUUUAUGCCAUAUGAGAGAACAUCUAUCGACGAUUGCAAUUUACGAUAUACCCUUCCACCUUCAUCUAAAUCUUCUGCUACGGCAAUUGGAAGACCCAGUAAACCCGGAGAAUUUUCUGCAAUUGCAGCUAUUGGCUGGACAACACAAGGUGGUACAGUCAACUGGAACUGUGGAGGAUCGUUGAUAUGGGCAAAUUUCAUUCUCACAGCAGCACACUGUACUAAAGAUCGAGACACUUUACUUCCACCAGAUGUAAUUCGAAUAGGCGAUUUGAAUCUCUAUGACGAUCGAGAGGAUGCAUUAGUGCAGGAACGAACAAUUAUACGCGUAAUACGUCAUCCGCUCUACAAUACUUCUUCGGUUUUCUAUGACAUUGCACUGUUGAUGCUGAAUGAAAAAGUCAAUAUAUAUUUUGAAGUUAUGCCAACGUGUUUGUGGUUGGACGACAAUAUACCGUUCUCAAAGGUCGAGGCUGCUGGAUGGGGUACUAGCGGGUUUGGAUAUGGUAAAACAAAUAUUCUCAUAAAAGCAGAGCUGAAGCUAAUGGCAAACAAAGAUUGUGAGCCAUAUUAUAGUCAAGUUGCUUCAGUAAAAAAUGGUCUGAUGGAUCACCAGCUCUGUGCCUGGGAUAAAGUAAUGGACACAUGCCCGGGAGAUUCCGGAGGACCGCUACAGCACAAACUAAUCUUUGGAGACUAUAAAGUUCCGUUUCUGGUCGGUGUAACAUCGUUUGGUCUGUCGUGUGGAAAUUCUCAACCAGGUGUGUACGUAAAGGUGUCCAAGUUUGGAAGUUGGAUUGUUGAAACGCUACAACAACAUGGUGAACGAGUGACGGCCGCCAUGUUUGAGCCACUGGUUUGUGCUGGUAGGUACUUCUAUCAUCGUGAAAGAUAUGGACCAUCUAUAUUUGACAUACGGCCUCACAAUGUGCAACUCAUAUGGCCGAAACAGCCAUCUCCCGAAAGAUGUUCUGGUCUGCUUACUGAGCCCGAUGCCGUCCUUACGACGGCUCAAUGCGUCACAUUAUAUGGAACUGCUCCUACCUAUGUGAAAUUACACGGAUCGGAGGUGAUCGGUAUCGAGGAAAUUGUUGUGCAUGAAAACUACACAGGCAAUCUUUUGUACAAUAAUAUUGCCAUUUUAAAACUUAACAGGUCUUCCCUGCAUCGUCCGGAUUGUAUAGAAUACGAUAUGCAUCCAUUGGAUGCAAAUGAAUUAAUUACAACUGGAAUCCUUCCAAAAAUAACAUACGCCAAGGACGAAAAACAACCGACUGACAUCCGUUAUGAGCCGGUUGAAAUCAAUGUAUCAUUAUACGAAAACAUGAAAUGCAAUCUAUCUAGCGAAUUUCAAAACGAGCAUUAUUGUUUCGGCGUAGACGAGUUUAUUGUACCGGGAUCAUGUGAUCUUUUACUGGGUGGACCAAUUGGAGCUACAGGAUUAAAAGGAAUGAAUAUUUUCGGGAAUGAUUGUGGAUUUGGAAAACCGGCAGUAGCGUUGAAUUUUGUAUCCCACAAGUCAUGGCUCGAGUCAGUUAUUCUACCAACGAAGAGUCUGCGAGAUAAACCUGCAAAUGCUGAUGUGUUGUCGUACCACGAUGAAGAUCUGGAACACGGAUCUCAAUGUAGCUAUUCCAACGAGGUGAACGGUACAUGUGUGCAUAUUGGCAACUGCUCCUCAAUAAUUGAUAUAGAAUACGCCCAGAAAAGAGUUAUAUUCUGCAAAAGUAGCUCUGUUGUCUGCUGCCCAACCAAUCUGUUGAAAAUGCAGCCAAGUGCAAUAGAGGUCGAAUUUAGCGAGUGUGAAUCACGAUACAAAAGCCUCAGCAAGUUACGGAUGGAAAAAAUAGCAACUGAUAGGUCGCUUCAAUAUUCACACACGGUUGCGAUAGGUUGGGAAACCGAAACCGAUAUGAAAUUCGAGUGCUACGGAUAUCUCAUCAGUACUCGCGGAGUGGUUACGGCUGCUUCUUGUUUGCGGCUUCGAUCUAGCAAUCCCACAAUCGUACGUCUUGGAGAACAGGGAUGGACUAAUAGCCACCUCAUAUUUAGACUGAUCGAAGCUACAACCGUGCAUCCGAAGUACAACGAAACGACUGGAGAGCAUGAUAUCGCUGUGAUAAAGCUAAAGGAAGCUAUCCAUCCUUUCGUCCAUCUGUUUCCAGUGUGUUUGUGGCAGAAUACAACCCACUCUCCAGUACAUCAAGGCAUUAUGCAUAGCGCCUCUGGUGUGAUUAUCCCCAUUCAUCCGAUGUACAAUUCGGACUGUGAAAAGCGUUUGAAUCGUUCGUUUACAAUCCCUGGAAUGGGUUGUAUGCAUACGGAGCAUGAAACGUUUAUAGCAUACAUUAAUCAAGAAUGCUUAAAAAUGCAAAAGUAUACCAAUCUUGAUCGUAACACUUACGGACGCUUCAAAGCGGGAAAUCCUAUAAUAUGGCGAGAAUAUAACAAAACUGGAGAUGCGAGCUUUACUGAGUUUCUGGUCAACAUCUACAGCUAUGGAGACUGUGUUGAUGGAUUUCCAUUACACAUUGUGCAUCAUGUUGCAUUCUACGUGGAGUGGUUCGCGAAAGUGUUGCAAUAAAGUAGAGUAUAAAUCAUUCUAACUUGUUAACUUACACGGUGUUAUUUAUCUGUCUGAUCUAAAAACUCAAUCAGCUGUAAUGAAUUGUAAUUUUCUUACACCUUUUUUUAUAUUUAUUCAAGCUAAACGUAUCCAUCAAAGAAGUAUCGUAAAUACAUCACUAUCAU